UUGUCACUAUUGCACUUUUUAGUACAGUAGAUGGUUGUGAGAGUACUCACAGGUUUGUCUGACAUGAAGCCUCCUGUUCAUUUUAAAGAGCCUAGCAGAGAGCCUGAAAUAAGCAGCCCUGGAAACCAAACUCCUCUUCACCUAGUCUCUCAGCUUGAACAUAUUAAACAACAGAUGGCCAGAGACAGCAUACAGUUCAUCAGAUUUGAAGCGACAGACCUUCAUGGGGUGUCAAGAUCCAAGAGUAUUCCUUCUCGAUUUUUUCACGAAAAAGCAACCCAUGGUGUUUCCAUGCCUAGAGGUUAUCUUGAACUGACCCUGAAUCCUAAGGACAAUGAAGUGGGCUAUAUAAGUUCAACUAGUUUUCAUCGUGACAUAAUCCUGAGCCCUGAUUUAUCAACAUUUAGAGUUUUACCAUGGACUGAACAAACUGCUAGAGUAAUCUGCGAUCCCUUUACUGUACUAGGCAAACCUGUAUCAACCUCACCUAGGUACAUUGCCAAACAACAGCUGAGCCAGCUUCAAGACUACGGCUUUUCACUGUACUCUGCCUUUACUUAUGAAUUUUGUAUUUAUGGCAUUGCUGAGGUUAUAAAUUCAAAGACAAUAUCUUUUCCUGCAGCAACUUUACUAAAUAACCAGGACCAGACUUUCAUUCAGGAACUCAUUGAAGGAAUGUAUUACAUUGGUGUCAACAUUGAGAGCUUUUCUUCUUCUGCUGGUCUUGGACAGAUGGAAAUCUCUUUUCAUCCAGAGUUUGGCAUUGAGGCUGCAGACAGUGCCUUUGCCUUCAGAACAGGCAUUAAAGAAGUUGCAAAGAAGUACAACUACAUUGCAAGUUUUUUUUCAGAGAUAGGAUUCUACAAUUCAGGGAUUCUGGCUCAUAGUCUAUGGGACAUCAAUGGUCAGAAGAAUUACUUUUCGGGUAGCUUUGGAACUCGGGAGCUCAGUGAUAUUGGCAAGUAUUGGCUCGCAGGACUCUUGUUGCAUUCAGCAGCUCUCAGCUGCUUGAUGGCUCCUGCUGUCAGCUGCCGUAAGCGUUAUUUUAAAUAUAGUAAGGAUUCAAAAGAGACUGUGAAUGCAAAAUGGGCAUACAAUGAUAACAGCGGUUCCUUUAACAUCAAAUGUCAUGGUGGAAAAGGCAUUCAGAUAGAAAACAAGCUAGGUUCAGCUACGGCAAAUCCCUACCUGGUACUUGCUGCAACUAUUGCUGCAGGCCUGGAUGGAAUAAAGAGAAAACUUAGCAUCCAAGAUGUGUCAGAAGAGAAACAGAAUACUUCUCAUUUGAAAGCUUUGGCAAUCCCUCUGAAACUAGAAGAUGCUCUUGCUGCCCUUGAGGAAGAUUUAUGCAUUAGGGAGGCACUGGGUGAUACCUUUAUUCGAUAUUUUGUCACCAUGAAGCGUUAUGAGUUGGAAACUGAAGAAAUAGAUGCUGAAAGGAAAAAAUAUUUAGAAUAUUUUAUUUAA